AUGGAUGAUCACAGAAACACGACCCCUAACGCUAUUGGACUUUGUCUCCUCCCACAAGAACUGAUCCAGAACAUCUUCCUUUCACUCGUUUUACCCGAGAUCGUUCGCUUGAAACUCCUCAACAAAUCCUUCUCAACCUUAAUCUCUGAUCACAGUUUCGUUCGUCAGUGCAACUCACUUUCAAACUCCACCACAUGGCUCUUUGUCUACAAGAAACGCUGGCUCCGCGAUGCUGUGCUUCACGCUUUCACCGAUCGGAGCUCCGAUCGUUGGUUCCGGAUCCCCAUAGCAGAACUUCUCAAACCUGUAGACUUUCACGGUGAGGAUCUUUACUUUCUUGCUGCUUCCGCUAACGUUUUUCUCUUUGCUUCCAACAACGUUCGCGAGGUUGUCGCCGUUAAUUUAGUCUCCGUCACCGUUAAGAAGAUCCCUCCUUCUCCGUUGGGUCCACGUGGCACUUCCUCGUGGAGGAGAUCCGGGAUGAAGCUUGUAACCGAUUCUUCCGGGUCGGGUCAUUUUCGGUUCAUGUUUGCGGAGUUUGUCGGGAACCGACCUGUUUUGUUUGUGUACGACUCGGUGAGUGACACCUGGAAGUCAACGGAGGUUCAAGAAAAAGGGAACGAUGAGGUUUUGCCACGUGGCGGGGUGCACGUGUUUCUUAGUGUGGUUCAUGGACCCAGAGAGAGCGUUUUGGUUGCUUCAACCCCCGAUUGUGACACGCCUGUCGUUCUACGGCCACGAUUCAAUGACGCGGAAGGAUUAACCGUUGGAUUUAACUGGGGGAACGUAAUUGAUAGGUUACAUGUCUACGGCGAUGGAUACAUGAUGAUAGUGAAAUCAGAAGGGGAAAAUGGGAAUAGAAAAGUGAGGGUGUUGAAAGGUGUGGAAUUGUGGGGAGUGAGUUUGGAUGGAAGGAAAUGGGAGUUCGUUUCAGCGGUACCUGGGGAAGUGAUGGGAGUGAUUGAGAAGCCUUAUGGAGUAAUGAUGGGUUGUUUAGAGGAGAAAAAUGGAAUUAUAAGGGUAGCUUUAGUGUCUAAUUGUGAUGGUUUUUGGGACAUAUUGUGGCUUUCUUUUGAUACCAAAUGGAAACGUUGGAACUGGAUGCCGCUACCUGAUUGCAAAAUGAAAGGCUGGAACAUGGCUGGAAUAAGCUUCUCCUCCGGACUUACUUUGCAAUGA